CCAGGAAGAACUCCCAACAAUGGGAUUCAGAUGGAGAAUCUUCCCUCUCUUCUGGAAAGCAUUUACACCACAUGGCUGAGCCUCAGCUCCACUAUAUGGGCAAUGGACAUGAUCCUUGCCUUUGUGUGUGGACUGGGGCUCUACCUCCUGUUACUUCCUUUUCUUGAGAGUCAUCUGUCUUCAUCUCCAUCAGACAUAAAUUUCACCAGGAAGCCUCAGAUACAGAUGACCUGGCAGAGCCAGUACAUGAAAAAGUUUAGGAAUCAUUGUAGGAACGAUGCAAAAGCUUGGGAAGAAUGCCUGAAAAAGCUGAAAGAAAAAGAAAAGGAUGAAUUAUUUCUAGAAGAAAUGAGCCCAGGACACCAUUUGAACUCUUUAGGGAAUAUGUUUAACUCAGCAAGUGCUAAACAAGACAGCACUACCUUGUCACCCUUCUGGAACCUGAAAGAAAAAUCAGAAGAGCAGAUGGCCACUCAGAAACUAUCAUAUCCCAAGAUCUCAGGGGACCAUUUACAAGAGAAAUAUGACCAGCUUUACUGGGGUCUCCCUUCUCUCCACAGUGAAUCUCUAGUAGCUGCUGCCUGGAUCCCUCAGACAACGUCAACUCUCCCUUCUCCCUUUUUCUUAUUCAAUGUCAUCUCAAGUGUUUAUCCAAUUCACCUGCAGGAUAAAAUGUCUCCAGUGCUUCCCCACACACAUCCUCUGUCCUAUCUGGACCUCCAACCUCCACCCUUAAUUCUGUCUCCACUUGAAUUUCAGUCCCCAGCUUUGAAUCAAGUCCAUUUUCAAUCCCCUCUCCCAGUCCUACUACCCUCUUCUCUACCCUAUAGUAGGGAUUCUGGAGCAUGUUAUUCUCAAUCACAAAGUAAGCCACACUGCCCCACAACUGAAAUACAAUACAGAGAAAGGCCCUUAGUUACAAAACAACUAGAAAGUAGAUUGACUUUACCCUUGAUGGUCCAGAAAGAUGCUUAUAGCAUCUUGGCCUCCAACCCUUCCCAUGACUGGGCAGUCCCUAUCUUUCCUGAUAAUUUCCCCAUAAGCUGUGAGCUCCGGGAUAAACUGGAGCAACACAUUCAAAAGUGGUUCAUUCAACACCAAUGGUAUUUUCCCCCUGAGAUCCAAGAGUCUGAGGAAGUGAUGGGGCUUCAGAAUUCAGUAACAGGAAAUUAUCAAAUCAGAGACCAACCUUGCACCUCACAAGCCCAUAUGUCUACUGGUGAACACAACAAGCAGGGCCAGAAGGUGAAAUUUCAGCUAGAAAAUGAAUCUUGCAAAAAUCUUGGACCUAUUCUAGGAAAAGGCCCAAAAGAUCCAGUAAAGGGCUUGGAAAAAAAUGUAGUAAAGGUUCAGGGGGCAAACAUUUUGGAGCCAGAAAGAAAUUUAGUUAAGCACUUCAAGAGUGAUUCCAGAAAUGACUCAUCAAAUUACAUAGACGAAGAUCUAGAAAACAACUGGAAAGCUAAUUUUGGUACAAAGUCAGGGCAGAUAAAUCAAGGUCUGACCCCUCUGAGUAUGCGACAAUCCUGGCUUGCUAUGAACGAUAGCUUUUGUGACACUGACAUCCAUAUGGAAACCAGAAAUUUAACAGCCAUAAAGAGUUCAGAAAAGUUCAUGUGCUCUCGAGAGAAGCUUGCCUUUCUCAACCCAGAAACUCGACAGACCCUGGAGGAACAUGUUGUAAGGUUUUGGGUGAAGCACAGAUGGGGUCUACCCCUUAAAAUGCUCAAGCCCAUAAACCUUUUCAAGUUAAAAAGUACUGAGUCCUUGCCUCUUACACUCUGUACCCAACCUUCCUCAACCAAUUCUGUACAUAGGACCAAUUCAGCAGUUGAGGUAGUCAGAUUCCUAGGAAAACCAUGCUUGAGACAGAUAAUAAUUAAGGAUUCUUCACCACCACCGGGGAAUCUUCUCCUUGUCUCAUCUCCUUCCUGUAAGAGGGCGGCAAUUAGACGGCCUCCCUCUGGUGUUGACCAUGAGCCUUCUGUAGCCCUACCAAACAAACCACAGAGUGCGUAUCUUGCAGAAACUCUCGCUUAUAAUUUUAUGGAAACGCCCACUCAGAGUGGGGGUGUCUUAAAGGACGAGAUGGAGACCGAAGAAGUCCUUUUACUGCCUAGAAUGACUUGUGCCCCAAAUCUAAGGGCACACAACCCUCAGGCAAAAGUUGUUAGUGAGUAUCCAUAUAAUGUGGAGACAGAAUUAACAGGCCAGCCACAAAUUUAUACCACUUCUGUGCUCCUUCCAAAGCAUUCCAGGAGCAUGCCUCUUCCUGUAGACACUUUGACUUCAAAUGCAUUAGGUGACAUUGUGAUGGUAGACGGGGGCAAUGGCCUGGUGCAGCAGAGACCCAGUACUCCAAAGCAUCAAGUCUCACAGAAGGGCCAAAUCAAGAUGUUGGUCCCUACUUAUCAAGGAGAGGACACUAAGAGACAGAGUGAAAGAAAGUAUGAAGACAUGUCCAAGUUCAGCCCAGUCACGGAGAGAAAAAACAACUUUGAAAACCAAUACUAUCAGACCCUUCCAAAAACCACACAGGUUCUUCCAGAAAGCCUCUUCCAAAGACUUUUAAGCCGAUUUCUACCGCGGGUUCACCCCAAGAAAACAAUCAAAGGGCAGGAAUGUCAUCCCCAAAAAGAUAAUCCUACAGCAGCCACUGCCCAGAACCAACGAAGGCAAGUGAGAAAGCAACCAUAUAUGGAUGACAAUGUUACUGAGGCCCAGAAACUUAUGACAACUGUUGGACAGAUGUUAGAAAAGAAAAUGAUGCAACAUCAACACCAUGCUUCAAAGGUCAACCAGCCUAGGGUAGUUCCUCCAGGCCCUACUUCUUGGUUUUCCCAUGGCCACAUGCCAGUCUCCUGCUUAAAGCGAAGAAGACCACCCAGUUACCCAGCCAAUUCCUUAUGUCAGAGGCGUUAUAUACAGGGCAGGCACAACAGAGGCCAACUGCCUCAGAAAAGUGUACAAUUUAGCCAGAAACCACAGAUCCUACGGAACCCCCGUCACAUGUACCCCAAGUCAGCUUUGAACGUAGUGAAUUCUUCCCAGAAUAGAACAACAGUGCCAAGAACCCCAAAUCAACAUCUUUGUUGUCCUAGGCACUGUGCCUUCCAGAGAAAUGUCUGUAGAGAACUAGGACAUCCCUCCGUAGCUUUUCCUAAUAGGAAAACAUAAUUGAAAGAAAAAGAUUAGUGAAUGUAAAAAUUAUUUUUCUCAUGUUAGUACAUUCAAGAUACUUAAUGUAGCCCAAAAUACAUGUUUUCCCCCAUAAAA